GUGAGCAGCUCCAGGCAGGCGGUGGCCGGGGCAGUGAGCACGACGGCGUUCUUCCUCUGCGAGGGGCUGCUGGGCCAGCACUUCAACCUGGUCCCUGAUGGGGUGGCCAAGCCCCAGCCUGGGGACCUCUUCCUCUUCCCGCUGGCCUCUGGGGGCCCCGGCUGGUGGGGCGCCCACGCCGGCGUCUACUGCGGUGACGGGGAGAUCAUCCACCUGGAAGGCAGCUCGGGGACGUCCCCAUCGGGGAUCGUGGCCAAGCAUGGCAAGAGCUACCUCCUGCGGACGCGGGGCCCAGCCAAGGUGCUGCGGAGGAAGGGAGGGCUGGAUGCGGCUGCCUUGCAGCGGCGGAUCCGGGUGGCCAUGGACCAGGCGGUGGAGUACGAUGCCGUCACCUGCAACUGCGUCCACUUUGCCCUCGCCCUGCUGGGACUGGGCCGGCUUGCCGGCACCAUGCUGGACCAGGUCUGGUUGGAGGCCAGUCACUGGUGGUGUACCUCAAGGGUCAAUACUGGGUUAGUCCUGGUCAACAUCUUUGUUACUGGUCCAGUUGAUGGGGCAGAGUGUACCCUCAGCAAGUUUGCUGCUGACACCGAACUGGGAGGUUCGGAUGUGCCAGAGGGUCGUGCUGGCACCCAGAGGCACCUGGACAGGCUGGAGAAAUCGACCAGCAGGAACCUCAUGAAGUUCACCAAGAGGAAGCCUUUCUCCGCCUCUCAUCGGCGUCCGGAAGGAUGUGAGGUCAGGUUUGGCCCCGGCGCCUGCCUACCCCGACAUCGCGGCUGCGUUUCCCACAGCCCUUGGUGGAGGUGCCAGCAGCCCGGCUCUGUCGGCGGCUCGGGCACAGAGAACACGAUGCUAAAAAAGUGCCUUAUCGCUAGCAGCAAGAUCGUCGAGGAGGUGGCGGAGAGCAAGAUGCAGCCCGGGGACAUCUUGCUCUUCCCCAUGGACAUCAAAAAAGGCCUCUGCAGCAGCAGCUUCAAGCAUGCGGCCGUCUACUGCGGGGACGGAGAGGUCAUACACUUCCAGAACACGAGCUUUUGGGGGAACAGUGGUCGGAUCAGCAAGGAAGGCUUCCGAGCCAUGAAAAGGGAGAGAGGGAAAUGCCAGAUCUACCGGAAAAAAGGUGGGAUCAACCUCAGUGACUUCAAGAGCAAAGUCAGGGAGGCGAUGGAGAGCGAAGCCAGCUACCACUUGGGUGAAAACAACUGCAUCCAAUUUGCCCUCUCCCCUCCUGGGCGUGGUGGACUGCUACCUUCACCUG